AUGAAGAGCGGCGUGUGUCUGUGCGUGCUGAUGGCAGUCCUGGUCGCAGGCGCCCUGACGCAGCCAGUGGCCCCGGCAGAAGCCGUGGACUCCGCGGUGCAGCGGGCGGAGGAGGCUCCCCGAAGGCAGCUAAGGGCCGCCGUGCUCAGGACCGACGGCGAACCCCGAGCGCGCCUGGGCGCACUGAUAGCGCGAUACAUCCAGCAGGCCCGCAAAGCUCCUUCUGGCCGCAUGUCUGUUCUUAAGUCGCUGCAGAACCUGGACCCCAGCCACAGGAUAAGUGACCGGGACUACACGGGUUGGAUGGAUUUUGGCCGGCGCAGCGCCGAGGACUAUGAAUACCCGUCCUAG